UCCCAGCCAAACCAAAUUGUUCCCUCUUCCCAGCCAAACUCUCUCAUUUCUAUCUCAUUAUUUUCUCUCGGGUCACAUUCUCACCAUCUCAGGCGAAGCUCUCUCUCUCCCCACAGUCGCCGUCGCCACCGUCUUCUCCAUCUCCGGCCACGGUAAGAUGCCACCCAAACGUAUCCCACCACUUGAGAUCCCUAUGGAGGAUCAUUAUGUCGGUCGUAUGACCUAUAGGGGUUCCGGGAGGUUAACAAAAUUGAAGAAAAGAUUUGAGGAGCAUGGAUUGUUGGGGAGGGUGAAUGAGUCUGUUUUUGGACCAUUCUUCACAGCCCCUCCCUUUUCGUUCUCUGGGGCAUUGGUUCACACACUACUUUUGCGGAAGGUCAAGUCUCCGCGUGGCGAUGAGGUGCACUUCUUGAUGGGCCCAAACUUAUGUAAGUUUGGGGUGCACGAGUUUUCCAUUAUCACCGGCCUGAGCUGCUCCUGUCCACCACUUGCCAUUGACAUUGAACCUCACAUUACUUCCUCCCGCCUAGUUGAUACAUAUUUCAGUGUGGAACCCGAAAAAGACAUUCGGUUCAGUAUCUUGGAACGAGCUUUUAGUAUGUGCGAUGUACCUGAUGAUUUGUACAAGCUCGGUUUGGUUUACUUUGUGGAGGGGAUACUAUUGGGCGCUGAGAACAACAAUGCUAUUUGGCGAGAUUCAUUGUCGAUGGUCGAGGAUUUAGAUUAUUUUGAGAAGUAUCCAUGA